AUGCCACUUGCUUCUCUCCUCCUCCUCCUCCUCUUCCUCCUCUUCACCAUCACCCUCAUCAUCACCCUCAUGAACGUCUUCUCGGACGUCUGCGGCGGCCCCGGUGGUGUGCUCGCUGUCCCGCUCAAGAAUCGCGCCGCCGCGAACGUCGACUCGACGCCUGUCCUGGGUACCGCCUACAUCUACCGCACCUACAGCACCGACAUCACCAAGCAGCUCAUCUACAUCACCGUCGCGCUCAACGGCUCGAACAACAGCGGCACCGGCCAGCUGUUUUACCAGGAGCCCUUCCCACUGGACGCCAACGCUGACGUCACAGAGGAUCUCCGCAUCGACGUGAGCUCGUCCAUCUACAUCUGGACCGACGCGGCAAACGUGACUCUGAAGCAGUACGUCAACCCCAUGAUGUUCACGGGCAUCUACAGCUGCUUCACAUACGUCUUCAAUUUAAGACGCAUCUGCGACCCCGUCCGCUCCUACAAGAACCCCGCCAAACGCAACCUAAACGAGGUCUGCACCUGCCGACCGGAAUACGCUGGUAACUGCGACCCCAUCGACAUCUCCGCCGCGCCCUCCAUCUUCAUCGUCCUCAACGUCAACGGUGUGCCGUACUCCGCAAGCAUCCUGCAGAACGCCUCCAACGCCACAUGCCCGUCCCCCGUCUCUUCUACCGCUCCCAUCGUGCUCACAAACCAGAACUACGUCACUCAAUACAGCUUGAGCCCAAGUGCUUGCGCAUCGCGCCCGCCGCAGCCGCCCAUUCCGCCGCCGCCGCCCUCACCGCCCUCGCCACCCUCACCGCCGCGACCGCCGCCGCCGUCGCCGCCCUUACCUCCCGCGGUACCGCCGCCGCCGCGGCCCCCGCCCGACCUGACCUACUCCGCCACCAUCUCCCUCAUGACUUUCGACCGUAACCGCAUCUUCAGCUCCGGUUACGACUGCUUCGUCGGCCGUAACGCCACUGCCGCUUACUACCGAGGACGCGUAACCGUACAACGCAUUCAGUGCGCCAUCGUCUCUGUCUACCAAUCCGCCUUGGAUAACGACUUCGACAUGAUUCAGUGGACCUACUACUUCAACUCCGUGGACAACCUACGGUACUUCUUCCAGUCCGUAAACAUUGAAACGUUCUGGAGUGAUCUGUACGACGCCCUCGUGCCCGGUUGCGGCGCCGUCGGCAACUACACGGACUCGUUCUUCAACCGGAACAACGCCCCGCCUGUGCCGCUGGCACAGCAAAACCUGGCCAACCCGCAGCCCUUCUGUUCGUUCGGCGGCGUCUUCUCCCGAGAUGAUUGCUGCACCAACCUCCCUGUGGGAACUACCGCCGCCAGCGCCUGCAUUGCGCUACGUCUGGCCCUCAACGUCUACACCAUGAACACCACCACCUGGUACUGCGAUCUAGACCGGUAUACGAGCAAUUACGUGGCGGUCUACACCACCUUUGCCAACUUCACGGACGCCAACAUGUUCUGGGUCAACUUCAACAACACCUUCUUCGCCGUUGCCACGCUCAACCGACUAAACCCCGACUGCCGUACUUUCCUCCUGGCGACGGGCAGCCCCUCCUGCAACACUUCCGACGUCUAUUGGGAUGUACGGAACUCGUACUACCCCGUGCUGUCGGACAGCUGCGGCCCCGCGCCGCCACGCCCACCACCCCGCGCCUCCAGCCCCCCGCCUCCAGUCCCUCCGGUCAUCUCGCCGGCUCCCCCCAACUCCUGGCCUCCUGGUGGAGCACCGCCGAUCCCUCCGCCACCGCCGUCGUCGCCGCCACCGCCGUACGCUGCUCCCAUGGUCUUGACCAUCUCCGCCAACCAGCCAUACGUCACCGGCAUCUGUGCCGCCGCCAUCAAGUCCCUCAGCGCCAAGCUCGCCUUCUUCGACAGGCCAUUCCAAGGUCCCGUGUGCACGCUGGGGCAAACCAUCGCGUAUUUCAUGGUCGUCACCAUCGGCUUCUCGGAUUACCGCCACGCCAUUUCCUUCGCCAUGACGUUCAACUCCGAAUUCAAUGAGUUCGCCAGUACCAUUGGACUCGCGUGCGGUACCACCGGCACCAUCCAGGCCAACGGAGCGCUCUACAACCUCGCCUGCCCCAACGUCACUACGUUCUGCUGCAACUCGCCGCCGCGGCCGCCGUUCCCGCCGUCGCCGCGGCCGUCGCCACGGCCGCCGAACGUCCGGUCGCCGCCGCCAUCGCCGAUGCCGCCAUCCCCUGGCUCGCCGACGGAGCCGGGCCUGCCGUUUGCGCCGCGAAUACGGAAGCCGCCGCCGCCGCCGCGGCCGCCAUCACCGCGGCCGCCGUCGCCAAUGCCCCUCGAACCAGCCAUGCCUGGAGUGCCGCCUUCGCCGCCACCGCCGGACAUCCCCAUCCCGCCCGAGUCACCACUCACCCCGCGAAUGCCUGCACCCGUCCGCCGUUCGCCCAGGCCGCCGCCGCCCAAGCGGCCUUCACCUCCGCCGCCUCCAAGGAGGUUGAGGCCGCCGCCGCCACCGCCGCAGCAGCCACCAUCGCUGCCGCCACCACCGCCACCACCGCCACGGCGCUCACCCCCCCCUGCCCGACAACCGCCGCCCAGCCCACCACCGCCGCCCAGCUCGCCACCGCCGCCGAACCCCGCUGUCAACCCUCAGCUUACACAAUAUCGUACCAUCGCCAUCACCACGCCUAGCGUCCUGGCAGGCAACCCAGUCACCACGGACUUGCUGCCCUACCUCUGCACUAACCUCAAGGCUGGCCUGCGCUCCAUCUUCACAGUGUACGGCUGGGAGUCCAACCUGCAGUACAGAAUUCCGCUGGAAUACUGUCCGACCCGGAACCUGCCUAAUGGAUCUAAGCAGUACAACGUUACAAUCCAGCUGACGCCCAGCGCCGCGACGACUCUGAUCACGAACCUCAACUCGCCCUCAAACUUCCAGCUGUUCGUUACCGCGACCGACAUAUUGUGCGCUUCCAAGGUGUCUGUCUUGAAGGUUGCAACGCAAGAGGAGCUCUUUACCAAGUCAAAGGAUGUGGCGCCCAACGCGCUUGACCCCGACGAUUCGUUCUCCUCAUGCGUCCACUCCCUCUUGCUUAUGCGCAAAUAA